AUGCUGUACAUCAGUGACCCCAUGCAGCAUUACACCACGUCCCAGUUCAAUUUGCUGAACAACAGCAUGGAUCAGAGCAUCGGCAGCAGAGCAGCCUCCACCAGCCCCUACAGCUCCGAGCACACCUCCAAUGUCCCAACGCAUUCUCCCUACUCGCAGCCCAGCUCUACCUUCGACGCCAUGUCCCCCGCUCCUGUCAUCCCCUCCAACACUGACUACCCGGGUCCCCACCACUUUGAGGUGACCUUCCAGCAAUCCAGCACCGCCAAGUCAGCCACCUGGACAUACUCCCCCCUGCUGAAGAAACUGUACUGCCAGAUUGCAAAGACAUGUCCCAUCCAGAUCAAGGUGUCCACCCCACCACCCCCAGGCACCUUCAUCCGGGCCAUGCCUGUCUACAAGAAGGCAGAGCACGUCACUGAGGUGGUGAAACGCUGCCCCAACCACGAGCUCGGCCGGGACUUCAAUGAUGGACAGUCAGCCCCAGCCAGUCACCUCAUCCGUGUGGAGGGCAACAACCUCUCCCAGUACGUGGAUGACCCCGUGACGGGAAGGCAGAGUGUGAUGGUGCCCUAUGAGCCCCCUCAGGUGGGGACCGAAUUCACCACCAUCCUCUACAACUUCAUGUGCAACAGCAGCUGCGUGGGAGGGAUGAACAGGAGACCCAUCCUCAUCAUCAUCACCCUGGAGACGAGAGACGGCCAGGUCCUGGGAAGGAGAUCGUUCGAGGGUCGGAUCUGCGCCUGCCCCGGCAGGGACCGGAAAGCUGAUGAGGAUCAUUACCGGGAGCAGCAAGCCCUGAACGAGAGCGCAGCUAAAAACGGGAACGGCAACAAACGCACCUUCAAGCAGAGCCCCCAGGGCAUCCCCGCGCUGGGGACUGGCGUGAAGAAACGGAGGCACGGGGAGGAGGAGAUGUACUACGUGCCCGUGCGAGGCCGGGAGAACUUUGAGAUCCUGAUGAAGAUAAAGGAGAGCCUGGAGCUGGUGGAGCUGGUCCCGCAGCAGCUGGUGGAUUCCUACCGGCAGCAGCAGCAGCAGCUCCUGCAGAGGCAGAGCCAGCUGCAGACACCUUCCUCCUACGGCCCUGUCCUCUCUCCCAUGAAUAAAGUUCACAGUGGAGGAAUCAACAAGCUGCCUUCUGUCAACCAGCUGGUGGGACAGCCAGCACAGCACAGCUCCAGCUCUGCAACCAGCCUGGGGCCCAUGGGACCCGGGAUGCUGAACAGCCACCCCAUGCAACCCAACGGGGAGAUGAACGGGGGCCACUCCUCCCAGUCCAUGGUCUCGGGGUCACACUGCACCCCCCCACCACCCUAUAACCCCGACCCCAGCCUCGUCAGUUUUUUAACAGGAUUGGGGUGUCCAAACUGCAUCGACUAUUUCACCUCACAAGGGUUACAGAAUAUUUACCACCUGCAGAACCUAUCCAUAGAGGAUCUCGGAGCACUGAAGAUCCCGGAGCAGUACAGGAUGAUCAUCUGGAGAGGUCUGCAGGAGCUGAAGCAGAGCCACGAGUACGGGGCCCAGCAGCUGCUCCGCUCCAGCAGCAACGCUUCCAGCAUCUCCAUCGGGAGCUCGGGGGAGCUGCAGCGGCAGCGGGUGAUGGAGGCCGUGCACUUCCGUGUGCGCCACACCAUCACCAUCCCCAACCGAGGGGGGGCCGACGACUGGGCAGACUUUGGGUUUGACCUCCCGGACUGCAAAUCCCGUAAACAGUCCAUAAAGGAAGAGUUCACGGAGGGGGAGAUCAACUGA